UUGGAAGUUGCGACCGAGACAUUGACAAGAUGAAGAUUGAUUUCAAGUUUUCCAACCUCCUCGGUACCGUGUACAGGCGAGGCAACCUCUGCUUCAGCCCGGAUGGCACAUGUCUGCUGUCGCCCGUCGGCAAUCGCGUUACUGUCUUUGACCUAGUCAACAACAAAUCGCAUACCCUCCCCUUCGCUCAUCGCCGCAACAUCUCCCGCCUCGCUUUGAAUCCCAAGGGUAACCUUCUCCUCACAGUCGACGAAGACGGCCAGGCUAUUCUCACCCACCUUCACCGUCGCGUAUCUCUAUACCACUUCUCCUUCAAAGGACCCGUCUCGUCACUUGUAUUCUCACCUUCUGGUCAACAUUUCGCUGUCGCUCUUGGUCGCAAGAUUGAAACUUGGAGGACGCCCUCCACUCCCUCGGAUACCCAGGAUGGCUCCCUCGAGUUUGCUCCUUUCGUAAAGCACAGGGAAUACGCCGGUCACUACGACACGAUACAAAGCAUUGAGUGGUCCAGCGAUUCACGUUUCUUCCUUACUGCUUCCAAGGACUUGACCGCUCGUAUCUGGAGUCUGGACCCCGAAGCUGGCUUCGAGCCCACCACUCUGGGCGGUCACAGACAAGGUGUUCAUGGCGCAUGGUUCUCGGCUGAUCAAGAGACGAUCUGGACCGUGUCGAAAGAUGGUGCUCUUUUCCAGUGGCAAUACCUGCCGCCUCGCAAUGCGCCCGAGGAUGAGAUGGACAUUGAGGAGAACUUCCGCUGGAGAAUCGCCGAGAGACACUACUUCAUGCAGAACGGUGCCACCCUGACAUGCGCCUCUUUCCACCCGGAAUCAAAUCUAUUGGUUGCUGGUUUCUCAAACGGUACCUUUGGUCUUUACGAGCUUCCCGACUUCAACCAGAUUCACAACCUUAGUAUCUCACAAAAUGAUGUCGACUUUGUUACCAUCAACAAGACUGGCGAGUGGCUUGCCUUUGGUGCUUCUCAACUUGGUCAGCUUCUGGUUUGGGAGUGGCAGUCCGAAUCAUAUAUUUUGAAGCAGCAGGGACAUUUCGAUUCGCUGAACAACCUCACAUAUUCGCCAUCUGGAGAUCGCAUCAUUACAUGUGCCGACGACGGAAAGAUCAAGGUCUGGGACGUCGCGUCUGGAUUCUGUAUCGUAACCUUCACAGAACACACUUCAGGAGUCACAGCGUGUGAAUUCGCAAAACGAGGAAAUGUCCUGUUCACGGCAUCUCUGGAUGGCUCGAUUCGUGCAUGGGAUCUGAUACGAUACCGAAAUUUCCGAACUUUCACCGCUCCUGAACGUCUCUCUUUUUCGUCCAUUGCUGUCGAUCCGUCAGGCGAAGUCGUGGCUGCUGGUUCUUUGGACAGCUUCGAUAUUCACAUCUGGUCCGUUCAGACUGGUCAACUGCUGGAUAAACUUUCUGGCCAUGAGGGUCCUGUCUCAACUUUGGCAUUUGCUCCUAAUGGCGGUGCUCUGGUGUCAGGCUCGUGGGAUCACACUGUUCGCAUCUGGUCAAUCUUCGCACGCACUCAGACCAGUGAGCCUCUCCAACUACAAGCAGACGUUCUGUGCGUCACCGUACGACCAGACUCAAAACAGAUCGCCGUCAGCACAUUGGACGGCCAAUUGACUUUCUGGUCGUUGUCAGAGGGAACGCAAGAAGCUGGCUUUGAUGGCCGUCGUGAUGUCUCUGGUGGACGUAAGCUUACUGACCGCCAGACUGCCGCCAAUGCAGCAGGCACAAAGUCAUUCAACAGCAUCAGCUACUCUGCAGAUGGCAGCGUUGUCGUCGCAUCAGGUAACAGCAAAUACAUCUGUCUCUACGACGUCAUGUCAGGAGUGUUGCUACACAAGUACACUGUCAGUGUCAACUUGUCACUCGAGGGAACACAAGAGUUCCUUAACUCCAAGAACCUCGGUGAAGGCGGCCCAGCAGGCAUGAUCGAUACAACAGGCGAUAACUCUGAUCUCGAGGACCGCAUGGACAACUCCCUCCCUGGCGCCAAGCGCGGUGAUGCAGCCUCUCGCCGCAUCGGCCCCGAGGUCCGCGUACCCGGCGUAAACUUCGCACCCACCGGCCGCUCGUUCUGCGCUGCAUCUACCGAAGGCCUCCUCGUCUACUCCCUCGACACAUCCAUCGCAUUCGAUCCCUUCGACCUCGACAUCGACAUCACCCCUCAAUCCACCAUUAAGACCCUCCAGAAGAAGCAGUACCUCAAGGCCUUGGUCAUGGCUUUCCGCCUCAACAACCCUAAACUCGUCGCCCGCAUACAACGCUCUGUCCCUGCUGCUGAUAUCCCCCUCAUCGUCGCCGAUCUCCCUGUCGUCUACCUCUCCCGCCUUCUCCGCCAUAUCGCCGUUCAGUCCGAUGCUUCCCCUCUGUUAGAACUCAACCUUCUCUGGCUUCAAGCACUACUCAAGUCUCACGGUUCAACACUCAAGAAGAACCAAGGCGAGUAUGCUGAAGUCACCCGUUUGGUCCAACGUGCUGUUGCUCGUAUCCAAAAGGAAAUCUUUAGUGUUGCUGAGAACAACGAGUUUAUGGUUGAGUAUUUACUUGCUCAGCCAGAACGCAAGCAACAAGAUGGACUUAAGAUGCUACAAAGCGUAGAGUCUGGCGCUGUCCAGGAAGUCGAGAUGGUUGACGAUGAUGACGAGGACGAUGGAGAAGGUUGGAUCGGUCUCGAAGAGUAAGAUGUGUUUCUCCUUUCUUUUUGAAUGUGGCAUAGUGGCAUACAUGGUGUUUUUCUUAAAAAUCUGGAUUGGCAUUGUUGUCGGUGGAGUUGUUCUGGUGCAGAUAUCCUGGCGUUCAAAUAGUGUAAAAGAUAAGAUCAUGUGCUCACUAUACAUCGAAUAUCGAUUCUAUUCUUCGACGG